CGUUCGUAUGGCACGAAGCGCGGGAAAUGAAGUGCUCGGUGCUGACCACAAUCUACGGACCAGGGAACACCACAUCUGGAGGGCUCGUAUUCAGGUCGUCGGCGCUCUCGAACGGCAAGAAGCUUGUCGACUUCGCGGCGAAUAACACGGCUAAGUGGUUCGACUACCUGAACCUCUGCAAGGCGCAUAAAACUGUCACGCUUCUACGCGUCCCGACCACACUCCGGGACGCGAACAUCGUCGCAGCUCGAGGGAUCGUAGCCGUGGAUGCAACCAAGAUGCCCAAUUACGAACAAAUCUUCACCCACGACUCGAAGCUCGUAGACACGUCACUUUUUCGUGCCCCUCCGAAGUACGAAUUUGACGUUCAACACUGCCUGAUUUCAACUUACUUCAACCUCUACUGGAUCGCGUGUCUUGACUACCCGUUGGCUAUCACCACCGCUGCCGUGUGUGAGGAACUGUAG